UUUUACCAAUCUACCCUUACAUUUUCACCUUAGAAGGCGGAUGUAUUGGUUUACCUCAGGGGUUAUACGAUGGGUAAAUACGUAAUUUCGCGUUUCAUCGCCGAUCAAAAGCACAACAACGAAAACGAAGCCUUCGAUCUCUCGUCCUCCUCCUCCUCUCAUGGCCGUUGCUCCAACGUUACUUGAUUUCGAUUUUCGAGCUCUUUACGGAACGAUCUAAUCUUCGCUUUCUCUGAUUCGAGGUGCGCGCUAAAUACAAUAUCCGAGAGCUGAAUAAUUAGCAUUUAUAUGCUACGGCUUGUCAUAAAUAAAACAUAAAGACUUUCGAGGGCUGAGGGAAUGUCAGCACCUGGGAAGUUUGAUUAUUCUUCCGCUGCGCUAGAUAGGCCUCCAUACAGAUCGAACUUUGCUGCACAGAUGGAAAGAUCAAGUAGCUUUCGUGAGUCCAUGGAACAUCCUGUCCCAACAUCUCAUCCAAGCAUGUUGAGGGGCACUUCACCAAUAGCACAAACCGAUGUAACAAAUUUCUUUCAGUGUUUGCGUUUUGAUCCUAAGGUGGUUGCCGCGGAUCACAAGUCUAUUCGUCAAGGUGACUUUAAGCGGCAUGCUAAUCUUGCUCUUGGAAUACAUGGAGAUGAGUCUCCUAGUGUAGCUCUGAAAGGGAAGUUAAUUCCAUCUCCUAUACCAGAAGAGAUCAAAAGACUAAAGGCUGGUCUGCGCGAAAAUAAUGUCAAGGCCAGGGAGCGCGUAAAAAUUUUCAACGAAGCUUCUUCUGUAUUUAACAAGUUUUUCCCAAGUGUGCCUACAAAGAAGAGGUCUCGACCAGGAGGCUAUUCUGGUGAACGGUUGGUAUCAGGAUCAGGCCUAGGUAAAAUGGGCAUUCAAGGUCAGACCCUGGCUGGUGGUUUUGAGCUUGACCCGCAGAAGUUGGAUGAACGGCCUAGAACUGGCGUUCCAAAUAAGCGAACACGUACUUCCGUGAUGGAUGUUCGAAGCAAUUCUAUUGUUCGACAGUCGGCUGUUGUAGACAGAGAUAAGGAAAUAAUGCGGCCGGCAAAUCAUAAUGCAGUUCAGGGUGAAGAUCGAACUUCAGCUGGUAUUGAUGGUUGGGAAAAGUCAAAGAUGAAGAAAAAACGCUCCUGUAUUAAAACGGACUUUAAUCCUAACCUGGCUUCAAAUAAAGUGGUUGAUGGUUAUCAAGAUUUGAGGCAGGGCACACAACGGAAGCCAAUGUGUGACUCCCGGACGAGAUUGAAUGGUGACUCGAACAUGUCAAGGCAAGCGGCUGCUAAUGGAACUUCUGGAUAUGGUAGAUCUGAUAACCUCGCUCAGCAGACGAGCUUGGCUGGGCAUUCCCCACGGCCAGGGCUCGAUCCUGAUCAUAAUUCUUUGUACAUUGAGAAGAGAGAACGCUCCAUUGGUUCGGAUAAGGAAAGGGUGAAUCAAAGGGCUGUCAACAAGUCCAAUAUUCACGAUGAGUUCAAUUCCUCAAGUCUGAUUUCAAAUACAAAACCAAAUGCUUCAGUUCGUGGACCUAGAUCGGGAUCAGGGUUACCUCCGAAACUGUCUCCAAGACUCCACAACACUCCAUCCCCAAGUGAGUGGGAUAUCUCUGGCUGUACAAAUAAGUCUCCACAAUUGUCAACCCCGCUUACACAUCGGAAGCGCAUGACAUCAAAUCGGUCGUCGUCACCACCUGUCACUCAAUGGGCCAGUCAAAGACCACAAAAGAUAUCCCGUACAGCAAGAAGGACGAAUUUAGUGCCGAUUGUUUCUAAUCGGGAUGAAGCCUACUCAGAUAGUAUUUCAGAUGGUGGCUGUAGUGAAAAUGGGUUUGGAUUUCAUAAACGCUCCCCAGCUGCUUCUCCUCAAUUGAGACUGAAAGGUGAAAACAGCUUCUCCACAGCAGCUUUGUCAGAAAGUGAAGAAUCUGGUCCCCCUGAGAUCAAGUCUAAAGACAAGGGGAAACAGUCUGAUGAGGUUGAUGGGAAAGCUGCACAGAAUAUUCCGAGAGCAUCCUUCCUUGGUUUGCAAUCAAGAAAAGGUAGCAAGCCUGCUUCUGGUGAAGAGACUGGGGAUGGUGUGAGAAGGCAAGGAAGGACGGGCCGUGGCUUUUCUUCCACAAGGUCACUCAACCCAAUGGGAGUAGAGAAACUUAAGAAUGUUGGAACAGCGAAACAGCUGCGCAGUGCAAGAACUAUCUUGGACAAGAGUGAAAGUAAAUUGGGUCGUCCACCCACUAGGAAACUAUCUGGUCGCAAGACUUGCGAACGCCAGAGAGCUACGGCAACAAAUGCUUCACCACUAGAUUUUCAAGCUGGUUCAGAUGAUGGCCAUGAGGAGCUACAAGCGGCUGUUAACUCAGCAGUAAAUUUUGCUCAGAACUUUCCCAACUCUUUCUGGAAGCAAUUGGAGCGCUACUUUUGCUUUAUAUCUGAUGAUCAUAUCAAUUUCAUGAAACACGAGAGAGAACUCUUCUCCAUGGGUCCCCCCUCACCCGUGCUGACAUCCUCUGACUUUGAUAGCCGUGAUUUAUAUCCUGAGGAACUUGCAACUAGCAGUGUCGAUUCCAAGGCUUCUCCACUUUACCAUAGAUUGCUAUCAGCUUUGAUUUCUGAGGACUCGAUGAGUAUAAAUGAAGAUGUACAUGUUGAUGGAUUUGGGGCAAUGCAUGAUCUUGAUGAAGACUCAGAAUUCAGUGUUCUGAAUGAUAAUGGAUUUCGAAACAAUGAUGACUAUGAAUCAGAAGAUGGUGGGUCUGCAAUUCUGUUCAGUGGUUUAAUUAACUCGGCCUACUACCACUGCAGUGGCAAAAUUCUAGAUCAUUCACCCAUUGACUUCUCAGACAUUCCGUAUGAUAAAUUGGGGAUAGAUGAAAAGAUUUAUCUGGAAGCUCAGUCUAUUGGAAUAUCCUUAGAACCAAUGCCGAGUAUCUCAAAUGUGGAGGAUGAAGGGAUCGUUGACGAAAUAAAAAAGUUGGAGGAGGCCAUCUGCAAGGAGGGUUCUAAGAAGAAAGAGAUGGUGGAUAGGCUAUUAAAAUCUGCCAUAGAGAUGAAAGAAAUUCAAGAGAGGGAGUUAGAUCAGCUUGGUUAUGAUAAACUCAUCGAGAUGGCAUAUGAAAAAAGCAAGGCAAGUCGGCGUCAUCACACCGUUGUUGGAAAGAAUUCAACUAACAAGAUAUCAAAGCAGGCUGCAUCGGCUUUUGUUAAAAGGACGCUUGAAAGAUGCCGUCAGUUCGAAGAGACAGGCAAAAGCUGCUUCAGUGAGCCUGAAAUUAAGGAUAUGUUCAUUGCCAGGUUGUCAGCGGCUGAAGAUACUCUUGAGGAUGAUAAUCCGUCGACUUCAUCACCCAUUGGCUCACAGCCAAGCUCAUCUUCGUUGGCACGCAUUGGGCAGGACUUAGAGAACAACUAUGCCAAUUGUUCUGAUGCUGCACUAGAGCAAACGACAAGAAGAGAAGACACAUCAUGGUCCAAUAGGGUCAAGAAGAGAGAGCUGCUGCUUGAUGAUGUUGGUAUUGGGGCACAACUCUCGAGCAGCACAAAGGGAAAGAGAAGUGAAAGGGACAGAGAUGGGAAAGGGCAUGCUUCAUCUAGAAGCGGGACCAAUAAGAUAGGGCGGCCUCCUUCCCUGUCCAACGACAAGGGUGAAAGAAAACCGAAGCAGAAAGCAAAUCAGAUAUCUUCAUCUGUUAGGACCCCGGAGCAACCCAAGGCACCAUUACCUGAAGCAAACGGCGAGCAUGAUAAUUUGGAGGAGGUUACAGAGCCCAUAUUCGACUUCUCUCAGCUGCAAAUACCAGAUAACUUAGGAGGUCCGGAGUUUGAUGCGCAACCAGGUGACAUUAGCUCCUGGUUUAACAUGGAUGAUGACGAAGAUUUUGAUAUUAUGGAGCUUGGAGUACCAAUGGAUGAUCUCUCAGGGCUGAAUAUAAAGUUAUGAGGUUACUUACCCCCUCUUAUCUUUAUAUAUGUAUAGUCUUGGUUGGUUAUACUAGUUAACAACAAAAGAAAGGGCAAUAAAGGUAAAAGAAAAAGUUUUGCUUCCUUGAAGGCUGGAGAAUGGGUUAUUGGGAUGUUAGCUCCAGAAAAAUUAGGUCAUAUAUAGAUUCUUUACUUCUUCUUAGGGCUUCUUUUUGUCUUUCUAUAUAUCUCGGGUGAAACUAUCUUGAUGGAUGAUUGUAGUUGAAGCUUCAGGCUGUAAAAAGCUUUCGUGGCAGGAGUGAUGUUGUAAUGAUAUAUACAAAUAUAAAUGGAGGGUCGUUUUCUU